ACUAUCCAGGAAGCAUGUUCCACUGUUUGGGGAAAGACCAUAAACAAACUGUCAUUUAUGUCAACUUGAACGGGUCUUUUCUCUUUUGUUUCAGGUUACUGCGGCACCGAAAAAUAUAUUCAACCCACUUUCUUGAAUAGCCACUUUACUGGUGUAGUCGUUUGAAUUUGCUGGACCACACUCUCGGUGUAUGCGACCCGUAGUGGGGACGUUUAGGAUUGACAGAUUUUUGCAAAUUGUAUUGAGUGUAGCUGUACGGAUUUGAGAAAAUCAUGUCUGAUUUGAUUCUGUUGCUCCUGAUAGUCGUGCUCCUGUUGUGUCUGAUCGUGACCAUCGGGGGCUUCCUGCUGUACUCGGGACUCCUGUCUGACGUGGUUAUAAAGACUGGGCCACCUCCUAUCAGAAAUGUUACCAUUGCUUAUAAAUUCAAAGAAGGAUCAUACAAGGACUGCGGUGCAGUCUACACAGAGACCUGCAGCAUUGGGCCCAAGCUGAACUCCAUCGGUGUCUUUUACGAUGACCCCAGGCAGAGGCCAUCAGACAAAUGUCGCUAUGUGGUGGGCAGCGUCCUGUGUGAGGGUGAAGAGAAACUGGAUGAAGAAGUGCUGAAGAUGUAUGAGAAGUUCGGCUUCAAGGUGUUUUCUCUGCCUGAAGUGAGCCACGCUGUAACCACCAGCUUCCCCUGCACCACCCCUCUGUCGCAUGUGCUGGGACCUUACAGGGUCUACCCACGGCUCGCUUCCUACAUCGAGGAGAGGAAGCUGUGUGCGUUCCCGACUAUUGAGAUCUGUGGCUCAGACAUCAUCAACUAUAUGGUUCCACUGUCUCGCCAGACAGACUUCUUUGUUCCAGAGAUGAAGGAGGAGGUGAAAACAGAUGUUAAAGAAGAGGACUCUGAUGAGGACAGAGGAACUGACAUUACAGGUGCAGACUCCCACAGUGAUGUGAGUUCAGUUAGCGGCGGCGUGCCCUGGGACAGCAGAGAGACGUCUCUGGCUGCUUCCACAGCCGCUUCCCUGGCCUCUUCCCUGCCUCUGAGGGACGUAAUGGACGCAAACGAUAUUAUUAAGGCCGGGGACCAGAGCGACAGAGGGUCGAACGAGUCUAUGGGCAGCGGCUCGUCCUUUGAAGAGCUUGACCUGGAUCAGGAGGAGCAGGAGGAGGGAGCGGAGAGGGAGGAUGGAGAAGAGGCAGAAGAGGUCCCUCCGGCUGAAGACGGAGCCGCAGAAGCAGUUGAACUGGUGGCUGAGAAGAAGAAGGAGCCCUUGGGGGAUGGAGAGGAGUAGAGAGGAUGCUGAAGAGAUAAGGGAGGAGGCCAUGUAAACGCUGCCGUGCUCGAGAGUUUCUGAGUCGUUGCUCUUGCUGGUUAUCUGUCAUGUAAUCUUCUUGGUGGAUCCACAACUGCUCAUGCCAUGACCAACAUGUCAUAUUUCUGCGCAUUCUAAUUCCUCUUUUUGAAGCCUGUAUUUUAUGUUAAACUGUAAUCUCAAUUUUUCCAAAAAAAAAAAAAAAAAUUCCUGAUUGUAUAUUUAAACUUUGUCAGAACAGAACAACGUCAGCGCCCCCAUAGGGUAAAGUAUUCUUCAAUAAAAAUAAUUUUCUCUGCACGUGGUGUGCAGCAAAUGAGAGGCAAGAUUUGUUUAGCUCUUUUCAUUUCAAACUGUAAUCGCGUGUGAAUCGCCGACAUCCCUGUGCAGCUUAGAAGUGACGCUUUGGUUUAAGAUUAACAUCAAAGCAAAUACAUUGAGUCCAGUUAUCCUGGAUCAUCAUACAGCAUCUUUUUGCCCGUGUGUGUGUGUGUGUGACAGUUGAUAUUGAACCCCCAGGUUAUGUCCUUGGGGACUUGUUGGUCAUGUGUUUGUGUGCAUUACCUGACUUUGGUGUCUUGAUAUACAGUAAUGGUGGGGUGAAAAAUGUGCAGGAAAUGAAGCCGUGGAAAUUUUACUGGACCUAUUUCAUAGUGUUGUUAGUUUUUUUUUGGAGAAUUUGUGUCACAAAGGGGGAAAUCCUGAAAUCUGAAAACAACUGUUACCAUCACUGGAGAGGACAAAAGUAAAGUAACAUCACUGGGUCACCAGGACUAGGAUUCAAAAUGCAAUUCGGGCAUGUAAACUUUUCCCCCUUGGAUCCUGUACGGAACAUUUUAUUGUCACUCUACACUUGCUUUAGUUUUUUUUAAUGUAAUGUUCACUUAGAUAGUUGGUUUGUUUAACCGCUCUGCAGUUCUGAUUGUAGCCAGAAUUCACUCACUUCCAGAGACUAGUUGUGAUAUGUUCGUAGGCUGAAGCUGUUGGUGCUGUGAGACCUUGGAAAUAAUGUACAGCACAUUGCCAUGAUUGUGUCUUUCUGUCUGUAAUAAACAUUUUCAGAUGAAAUUCAGUUGACAGGAAGCAGUUGUGCAUAAAGAUUUUGUAGCACAAGCAGUUAUCCACCCUUUAUUCCAUACUGAUGUCUAUUAAAAACAACCUCAAAGUUU